CAGCUGACACACACACACACACACACCAACACACAUACACAUACGCGUCCUUCGCUGGUUGCGCACUCACGUAUUCAUACCUCGUAUAGCUCGUAUAGCUCGCAUAGUUAGUCAACUUUUGGUGGCUAAUACGCGCAGUUGGUCUCACAGUUAGCCGCGGACAGGUCCUAACGCAACAAAAUGGCGGCAAAUCGAGAAUUUUUCAAUGAGAUUAUCCAUAAUAUAGACGAUAUAUUCGUGCCCGAUGAUCUGCACAGCGCUCGUCGUGAGCUCCAGGAUGGCGAAAUAGCGCGAACUCUCGAACGUUGCUACAGCGUCAUUACAGAGUCCGGGAAGCUGUUGAGUGCCUCGACCGCCUCGGCCCUGUCGCAUCGCAAGCCCUUGAGCGCCUCCUCGCUGCAGCUGUCCGUGACGAGCUAUUUGAGCCGGUUCCUGAAGCGGCCCGUCUACGAGAAGAUAAAGCGCCGGCAAACGCGCCUGGACCACAAUCUCUUCGAUGUGCUGUGGCCGGCGAUGCGCAAGACGUCGAAGCUGCGCCACCUGGAGGAGGACAUCAAUUGUGGGAUUAUAGCGCCCGAUUUCGAUGUGUUUGUGGUGUUUCAGGAGUUUCUGGUGCCGCUGCUCAAGGAUAUGCACUGCCUGAGCAUCGAUGCGGAAUUCAAGCCGCAUCCGCGGCUCGCCUACUUUCCCAUGGACAACGGGGAGCGUCUGAAUACGGCCGCAUUUGUCUACGACGACGAGUCGCAGCUGGUGACGCGUUGCAUUGUGGAGGCAUCCAGGAAUCUGGACCAGCUGGAGCUGCCCCUCAAUCUGACCAUUGGCCAGAUCGAGCAGGCCGAACGCCUCAUGAUGGGCCGCAUAUUUACGGCCAGCUUUGCCGAGGCCAUUGGCGAAACGGAAUCGGGCAGCUACUAUACGCUGACAGAGCUCAUGGAGCCGGACUCGGAGGUGGCCAAGCUGCUGGCCAGCCUGGGCCUGAUGAUACCCCUGCUCGAUGACAAGGAUCUGGUGCAGGCAGCCGAGUCGACGGCCUUCAAUGGCGCACUGUGGCCGUAUGGCCGCGGUGUCUACGUCAAUUCCGCCCACAAUAUGGCGCUGUGGCUCAACUGUCAGGAGCAUCUGCGCGUCAUCUCGGCCAGCAGUGCCAAGGAUCCGGCGGAUAUGGGCGCCACCUACACGCGGGUGGGUCGCGCCGUCACCUAUCUGGAGACGCAGCUGCACUUCAAGGAGAGCUAUCUGCUCGGCUAUCUGCAGUCGCGGCCAGCCUACCUGGGCACUGGCCUCAAGAUGACCACCAUUGUGAAGCUGCCCAAUCUGAUGAAGGAGCUGGAUAACUUGCGUCACCUGUGCUCGGUGCGCGGCCUGAGCAUGGUGACCAAUCGCCUGUCCAAGCUGACCGUGCGCUUGAUCAAUAUGCAGAGCAUGGGCGUUGUGGAGUAUGUCCUGUUCCAGGACUAUUGCACCGCCGUCACCAACAUCCUCUCGCUGGAGAAGGACAUGUCGCUAACGAACUCCAAGCAUAUUGCCACCAUGCUGGUGAAGAUCUUCAAGCGCAAAAAGCAUAGCAUUAUCGAUCGAAACUAACCAAAGAAACAAACCACAAAUGAAACCAAAUGAAAAGCACAAUUCAUACAUUAAUCAAAUUCAAUUUGUAUUGUA